CGUGAGGCUUGACAAUGUUUCCCUUCACGCUGCCGCGCAUCUUCCCGACCGUGCACGCUGACUCGGAUGAGCUCGCGGUCUCUGCACGCACGGUCUCAACUUUACGACACGUCCGGAACGCCAUGGCGGUCCCCGAGACGGAGAUUAAGCGGUGGAGGCGCGCCUUCGAUGUGAACGCGCAGACGGUGGUGGACGGGCAGAAGUACUUGAGCAGCGAGCAGUUCGUGAACGCGAUCGCGCCCUCGGGGGACUUGACGAAAAUUGGCCGGCAGCAGUUCGCGAUCUUGUUCAAGGUCGCGGACUCGAGCAAGCGGGGCGCCGUGUCCUGGGACGACUUCGUGGUGUUCGAGACGUUGCUGAAGAGGCCUGAUGCGGACUACUGGAUUGCUUUCCAGUACUUUGACGUAGAUGACUCGGGCACCAUCACUUUCGAUGAGUUCAAGAAUGUCUUCAAUGCUAAUGUUGGGACACACGCUAUCCCAUUCGAUUUCGACAGUGACUGGGUAAAGCUUUACCUUGGUACCAAAAAUGGACAACACGUCCUCGGAUACAACGAGUUCACUCAGUUGAUGAAGGGUCUGCAAGGCGAACGGCUACGUCAAUCAUUCAAGUACCUAGACAAGGAUCGGGACGGUUUCAUUCUCCCAGAAGAGUUCAAGAGGAUCAUCCUAGAAAUUGCUGGACAUAAACUAUCCGAGGCUACCAUAGAGCGACUGCCGACACUCACUGUCCUUUCCCCUGGGGGCCGGAUUUCAUAUUCUGAAGUCAUAGCGUUCCAUAAUAUUAUCAGAGAGAUGGACAUGAUCGAGCGUAUCAUCCGUGAAGCGAUCGCGAAGUCGAAAGAUGGGCGAAUUGACCAAUCGGACUUCUUGAAUUACUGCGAAACGAGCACCCGCUAUUCCCUGUUCACGCCUAUGGAAGCACAGAUCAUUUUCCACUUCGCGGGCCGUGGCAACCCGAUGCAACGCCUGGCCUUGCUAGAUUUUGCGUCGUUGCUUGAUCCGCGGUGGCGGGCGCCCUUGGAGCGGCACGAAGAAGAGACUCCGGCUACGACAUCGUUCGUACAUUCGGUUGCGCAUUCAGUAUAUAACUUCGUGCAAGGAGGCUUCGCCGGUGCUUUCGGUGCGACCAUCGUAUACCCAAUUGACCUCGGUGAUAUGCAAAAUCAACGCAGUUCAGUCGUUGGACAAUUGCUGUACAAGAACAGUCUCGACUGUGUCAAGAAAGUGUUCCGCAACGAAGGCUUUGUAGGAUUCUACCGGGGAUUGGGACCACAGCUGAUUGGUGUCGCACCAGAGAAGGCAAUCAAAUUGACAGUCAAUGACUUUGUCCGGUCUCGUGCUAUGGAUCCUGAGACAGGCAGGAUCAAAUUGUUCUGGGAAUUGGUCGCUGGUGGUACGGCUGGCGGUUGUCAGGUGAUAUUCACGAACCCCCUCGAGAUCGUAAAGAUCCGUCUCCAAAUCCAAGGCGAAGCUGCCAAGCUCGAGGGGGCCGCACCGAAGGGUGCAGCUCACAUCAUCCGUCAACUUGGUUUGCUCGGUCUGUACAAGGGCGCUAGCGCCUGUCUGCUGCGUGAUAUCCCGUUCUCGGCUAUCUACUUUCCGGCAUACUCACACCUAAAGAGGGACGUGUUCCACGAGGGCUACAAUGGGAAACAACUGUCAUUCCUCGAGACGUUGGCGUCUGCUGCCAUCGCUGGAAUGCCCGCCGCAUAUUUCACGACACCUGCAGACGUGGUAAAGACGCGGCUGCAGGUAGAGGCGCGUUCGGGACAGACGACAUACAAGGGCAUGGGUGAUGCGUUCGUGAGGAUCUACCAAGAAGAAGGCUUCAAGGCGUUCUUUAAAGGCGGACCGGCUCGAAUCAUUCGAAGCAGCCCACAGUUUGGAUUCACACUGGUCGCGUACGAGUAUCUUCACAAGUUCUUCCCCUAUCCAUUCAACGGGCAGGGCAAGGAGAUCGAGACCGCGUACACCAGCCAACCAGAGGACCUGGCCAAGAUUCGCGCGCGAAAUGCGCUCAAGAUUCUGCUGGACGUGCAUGGUGACUUCGGGCGGCGGACGACAUGAUGUUGGGUGCUGUGUAGCUGUGUGGACUACCGUACUUCUGUUCUUAUUGGUUGCUGUGCGGAAUAUCAUGCAUCUAUCCGAUUCC